UCCCUUUUGUGAGUGCCCGGCGCGCAUGCGCUACCUGCCCCAGCCCUCUCCUGGGAGCGGCAGGUGCUAGGCGCAGCUAGGCGUUCUGUGGGGCGGCUCUUCCCCCGGCCUGGGUGCGUGUGAGGAGGCGGCUCGGCGGCAGGUUGUGGCUGGGAGGCUGGGCUCGGAGCUGCCCGGGUUCUCCCCCUUCCCCCACAGCGCGCCCAGGGACGCAGACCGUCUGGCGGCAUGAACCGGACCCACCGCAGCGCUGGGGGUAGCCGGGGCCUGUGCACCAUGGAAGUGAAGAGCAAGUUUGGAGCUGAAUUUCGACGGUUUUCUCUGGAAAGAUCCAAACCUGGAAAGUUUGAGGAAUUCUAUGGAUUAUUGCAGCAUGUGCACAAGAUCCCCAAUGUUGAAGUUUUAGUUGGGUAUAUAGAUAUUCAUGGAGAUCUGCUGCCUAUCAACAAUGAUGACAAUUAUCAUAAAGCAGUUUCCACAGCCAAUCCUCUGCUCAGGAUUUUUAUUCAAAGAAAAGAAGAUGCAGACUACAGUGCCUUUGGUACAGAUACUGUGACAAGGAAGAAAAAUGUCUUAUCAAAUGUGUUGUGUCCGGAUAACCACAGAAAGAAACCACAUAUUGUCAUUAGCAUGCCGCGAGACUUCAGACCAGUGUCAUCUAUUAUUGAUGUGGACAUUCUCCCAGAAACCCAUCGCAGGGUGCGACUUUACAAAUAUGGAACUGACAAACCACUUGGAUUCUAUAUACGGGAUGGCUCUAGUGUCAGAGUAACACCACAUGGAUUGGAGAAAGUACCUGGGAUUUUCAUAUCCAGGCUUGUUCCUGGAGGCCUGGCUCAAAGCACAGGCUUACUGGCAGUUAAUGAUGAAGUACUGGAGGUAAAUGGCAUAGAAGUCUCAGGGAAGAGCCUUGAUCAAGUUACAGACAUGAUGAUUGCAAAUAGCCGUAACCUGAUCAUUACAGUGAGACCAGCAAAUCAGAGAAACAAUGUUGUUAGGAACAGUAGGACUUCUGGGAGCUCAGGUCAGUCUACUGAUACUAGUCUUCCAGGUUACACACCACACAGUGUGCAGAACUUCCAUCCAGAAGAAGAUGAUAGUGAUGAAGAUGACAUCAUUAUUGAGGAUAAUGGUGAGCCACAGCAGAUUCCAAAAGCUGUCCCUACCAGUGAGAGUCUGGAAUCAUUAACACAAAUUGAACUACUUCAUGAGUCAACACAAAAUGGUUUCAUUCCUUUUAGUGAAGUAAACUUAUGUCAUUCAGCAGGCAACAUUAACAUGGAGUAUGAAAUACAUGAUCCAGACAAAAAGUCCUUAGAAGAUGGGACAAUUAUAACAUUAUGAAACUGCCUCAAUGGUGUAUUUUACAUUAACUGAAGAUGCCAUACAACUUUUAAUUUUGCUUGAUGUAUAAUGCAAUUUAUACCUCUCAACCUACCAGUCUUUAAGACCUGCAAACAAAUGUAAGGAAAAACAGUAAAUGCAGGAAGCUUAAAAUUAUGUGGGCUGAUUAAUGUCAGUUUUAUAAUUCUGUAAUUCCAUGUAAAUAUUUUGUAAGGAUAGAAGGUAGAUGACCCUGGCUGUGAUAGGACGGCGGUAAAAUGAAGGAUGGUUGAGAGGUAUUGACCGCAUGUUUACUUCCAGAGGUACUUAUACUACUGGUUUUAAAGAGUAAAUUUCCAUUACCAUGUGAGGUGGAUCAGAUAGUGAAGCUGCAUGUCUAAUCUGAAUUUAUGGUCAUGUGAGUUUACCCCUUAAUGACACAAUUGACAAUGAUCUUAAAAUUCUAAUGUGAAAGUCUUACUCCUCCUCCUCUUGUACCUUGAGGACCAGUUCUCUUCUCUUAGUUUACAGUAUUGUAUAAGGUUGUCGUUUUAUGCUAGGCUUAGUCACUAAUUGUAGUAAAUUACAUUAGGUAAAUGUCUAAAGAAAUCAAAUACAAAAUUAAUAGGAUGAAAAUAACAUUUUACCUGAUUACCAUUUCAUGCUCCAAAAAUGGUCAUGUUAAAAGAUAUAAAGAUUCUUACAAAUGGGAGGAGAGUUAUUUGAAGUUGAUGAUAAUGAACAGUUCUGUCUUAACUAUAAAAAAAAAAAAAAAAAUUAUUAUCCAGCACAACUUAUAUCACUUGAUUUUUAAAAAAAAACAACAACUUUAGGCUUUGUAAAACUAACUUGCAAACUUAUGCUAUUACCACUUCAGAAUUUAUAAUGAACUAAAUUAUAAAUGCUGGUUUUUUUAAUAUACCACCCUUGGUAGGGUAUCUUCUUUGAAUAUUACAAAACUGCUAUAGGCAAAAAAUAAAAAUAUUGAAAACUAAAAUCCUGAUGCUGCAAACUCUUAAGCAGGAGUGUAAAUUGACUCUCAUGAAUAGCUGAAUAGUUCAUUGACUUCAGUAGAACUACUCAUGUGGUUUGCUUGCAGCAUUAAGGGCUAAAAUUUAUUUAAGAAAUAAAUUUAAGACAUAAAAUUGUCUUCAAAACAAAAUUAGUUCACUGCUAAUAAUGAAAAUCUAUUAACUUUUAAUACAUUAACACAGUUAACUUUUUAUACAUACAAGCUAAAAUUUUGAAAAAUAGCCUUCUGAAGGUGGAAUUUUCAGGUGUUCCAAAGUUCCUUCAUACUGCAAUCCCUGAUAGAAAUAGCCUGGUUAAAGUAUUUCAGCCUUCCUGACUUGUGAAAAUUCAGUCUAAUGGAAACUGGUGUUAGCCCAGGCUACAUUUGCAAUUUCCUUAUCAAUUUUGUAUUUAUCUCAGUAAGGAUGUAGCUUCUUAGUAGAACAAAUUUCUGUGUAAGAUGUGAAAUUUACAGUUAGGAAACGAACCUCUUGAGGUUCUUUCCAGCCCUAAUUUCUAUGAUUUCUAAAGAAAAAAGAACAAAACAUGCACUUAACAGUUUGACUUUAAAUGGGAAUAAAAGUAAGAAUUAGCAACAGGUACUCCUGCAGAAAUUCUCCACCAAAAAAAUAAAAAUUCUGCAUAUUUUACUUAUCAAAAUAACAUACUAUCAUGCCAGUUUCAAUUAUUUUGGUAAUUUAUUUCAAAAUACUUGUCAGCAAGUAUGUCUAACAAUAUAGACAACAAAAAAGUGUUCAGGAAAUGUUUUUUUGACAGAUUCCUUACCAUGAGUAUUAAUACAGAACUUUGAGUAAUUGAUUUAAAGUACAAUAUGAAAGCGUAUUUCAAUGCCUCCAGGCCUCUGCACUGUUGCUGAGGGAUGUCGGGGUAAUGGAGGAGCUAUGGCGGGGGAGUAAUUGCUGGGAAGGAGUCUGGGAACAAACCUGGAGGGUUGUUAAGUGUGGGUGGGAGAAGUAUGGAACAGAUUAUUUUGCAGGGAGGGGGGCGUGAUUGUUAGGGAGUUGGGGAGUCUCCCUCAUGCAGAUGCUGGCUGACCCCUCUCUUCUCCCAUUUAAUCAGACACAUCUGCCCGGGUGUGUCCCUGCACCCCGAUUCCCCAUUCAGUCAGGCAUAUCUGCACAUCCCCGUAUGUCCCAGCACCCUUCCUCAGCCAGGCCUAGCUCACCUGUCUCUAUGUGUCCCUACAGGCCCACUCCCUCAUCCGGCCCUGGAUCCCCACUCCCCAUUCAGCCAGGCAUAGCUGCCCUGUCUCCUUGUGUCCCGCCAUCCCCAUCUGGCCCUGCAUCCCCACUUCCAUUCAGCCCCUGGCUCAGUGCGGUCACUCCACUAGCUCCACUCCUCCUCCCUCUCCCCCAUCCCAUGCCUCUUCACAUGGCCCUGCCAGCAGGAGCCUGUGAGGAAAACAGUUUCCCUCUCCAUGGCUGGCUGCUCUAGCCUGUGAGCCUGCUGCCCUCUCCUUUUGCCACCUGGUGAGUGAAAGGUGUAAUUGCAGCUUCCCUUUGCCUCCCUGUUAAAAUCUGCUGGGGACAUCAAGUGCAGAAUUCCCCCAGGAGUAAACAUGUAAAUUUAAAAACUGAUUCUUUUUUUAAACUUAUUUUUUAUCCAUGCUGCUCCUUUUUAUUUAGGGCAUGUGUCUUACUUCAAAACUGGGUUUGGUUUUUAUUCCUUCAGCAAUGGGACGACUUUCCUGUAUCGUGUUAGUGUGCAUUCACAUGCCUUUUUAUUUACUUGAAUGUAUUGUGAAUAAUCAAAGUGGUAAAAUGCACUUGGAUUAAGAGAAGAGAAUGAGAUCCACAGAUACAGAUAUAGAUGAAGAUAAACUAGUACCACACUUUUUUUUUUUAUGUAGAGGUGUAACGCUUUCAUUCAGUGGAAUUGUUUUAUGGAUCUAAUAUGGUACAUUAGUAGUGUUGCAGCUUGGAUGUAAAAUAAGCUAUUAACUUACACAUGAGCCUGGCACCUGAAAACAAGUUACAAGAUAUUAAUUUAUUGCUUAAACACAAACACUUCAAGGUAGUAUGCUGCUAAACUUUUGUCCAUCACCUAAUUUUGAAGGUUUUUUUACUCAUAGCAUAUGCAUUUUGGGUAUAUAUACUGAUAAUAACUUAAAUCUUAAAAAGGGCAUAUAGUAUGUAAGUGCUCAUGAAUUUCCAUCAUGAAGGAUUAACAAAAGUUUUUGUAAUUAAAAUGACAGACUGCACAAUAUGUAGUUGCAUAACACUGCAGUUACCAUAAGAGAGAUUUUCUAAAUAUCUUCUAUCUGCAUCAUACCACUUGACAAAUUAUUACUAAACAUUUUAAAAAUCACUAUUCCAGGAUAAUCAACUUUUGAAAUAAAUGGUUACAUUUAACUUUAUAUAUAAAAUGGUACUGGGUUCAGUAUAUUAUUUUUAAAAGAUGAUACAUAUAUUAGCCUUUUAUACACUACCUCUUAAAGUUAAUUUUUUUAACAGUUAACAUCUUUCAAAAUUUCUCCCUGUGGGGAGAAGAAAAUUCAAGGCUUGACUAUUUUGUACUGAUUUUAACUGUAAAAUCUAAAAUUAUGCAUGACUUAAAAUAUCAAGCUGCUGUCAAUGCACAUUCUUUAUGUAUUCAGUAUCCUAAUGCACAUAAAUUAUAUUUUAAUCCAGAUUUUAUAAACUAAUUUAUAUCCAAAUUAUUUCAAAAUGCAUUGGAAUACCAAAAUUCCUUUGAAUAGUGUUUAUAUGGAUGUGUACAUGCACAAUAAAAGCAAUCUGUCCCUCUUCUCUGCUGGCAGUCUGAAAACAGAUUAACCUUUUAAGUGCACCUUAUGAGAAGAGAGCAAAUGUUGCUGGAAUUAAGGUACGUUCACUUUGGAUCUCUGUUAUGGUAUCAGUAAAAGUCAAGCUUAACUGUGAAUCAUGUUCUUCCACAGCCUCAAUAAAUUUAGGACAAUGUCCUCGUGAGCUGUCUGCAACAUGUACUUUUGUGAAUAUUCUGUAUUUUCUAAUUAAAUUUUACUUGCAACUUGA